UCAUCGAUGAUGAGGAAUACGAGAAGGAAGAAAACUUCUAUGUGGAGCUGGGCCAGCCCAAGUUAAUCAAGAGAGGAAACGGGAGCGAUAAUGAGUCUUACACCAGUGAGCAUGACGAAUCCUACAAGCUCAUGUCUGAGGAAGAUAGGCGUAUCGCUGAUCUUGGCAAGCCACAGUUGGGAGAAAUGAACCGUCUCGAUGUCAAGAUCAUGGAGAGCACAGAGUUUAAGAACACUGUUGACAAGUUGAUCAAGAAAACCAAUGUUUCGUUGGUGGUGGGCACAUCAUCUUGGAGAGAGCAGUUUAUCGAGGCACUUACAGUCAGUGCAGGUGAUGACGGUGAGGAAGGUGGUGAAGAGAAGCUACCGUCUUGUGGUGAUUACGUCAUGCAUUUCCUCACCAUCUUCUGGAAGAUCCUGUUUGCCAUCGUGCCGCCGACUGACCUCCUUGGUGGCUGGGCCUGCUUCGUCUUUUCAAUCUUCAUCAUCGCUGUCUUGACAGCAUUCAUCAAUGAUCUGGCCUCGCAUUUCGGCUGUACCAUCGGCCUGGAAGACAGCGUAACAGCCAUCUCAUUUGUGGCAUUGGGAACGAGCGUACCAGACACCUUUGCAAGUAAAGUAGCGGCGGUAGGGGACAAGUAUGCUGAUGCAUCUAUCGGUAAUGUGACAGGCAGCAAUGCAGUCAACGUGUUCCUCGGCAUCGGGGUUGCAUGGUCACUCGCUGCCAUCUAUCACUGUAACGACCCAAACGGGUUCAGGGUUGAUCAAGGUGCUCUGGGGUUCUCUGUUAUGCUGUACACUAUCCUAGCCAUCGUCGCUAUCACUGUGCUGAUGAUCCGACGGAAGAUACCGAGAAUAGGGGGCGAGCUAGGGGGCCCCUUCUCAUACCAAGUCGGCACCAGCAUAUUUUUUGUUUCGCUGUGGCUGAUCUAUCUCAUAUUGUGCAGUUUAGUUGCUUAUGAUAUCAUACCAUGGGGUGCCAAGUCGGGUGCAUCAAUGGGACAAACCUUAGCUCCUUCAAGUUAGACUGAAUUUUCCUGGGUAAUUGAGGCUGAAAAUGCUCAGAUUUCCCCGUCCCCGUCAGUUCAACAGUUGUUGCGCUACAGCCUGCCGUAUUAUGAUUUUUGGUCGAAAUGGGCAUGGUCAUCGAUUUUCAAAUGACCGUAUCUCCCUGACUACUGGUUGGCUAAACUUGUUAGUAGUGGUGUCUCUGGCCAAGUCGGUUAGGAAGAUGUGGUCAUAAAUGAUGACCAUUCCAUUUUUGGGGGGUUGAUUUGACCUGGAAUGACCCCCCAUGGCGGUCGUAGUUGACAGGACGGGCGGUUGAACGAUGAAGUCUAUCUGGGCAGCCUGAUUGAAUGUUACCACACGAUGGCAUUGUCAACAUCGUUGGCAAUGUAGGUUUGGGCCCAAGGAAGAAUUUGGAAAAAAACAUAGCUUGUGUAACACUGGGCGAUUGUGCAGGUUUUACUGGAGGACAAAGUUUGGUUUUAGUAAAACUCCAUGUGUUAUGAACCCAAGUCGCUCCGAUGUGAGAGGUAUUGGGAGGUGAACUUUAAUAAAGACAUGGCUCUAAUGUCUGGUCUUACUUGUGGCUGUUGCAAGCUUACGAAGAUCAUUAAAGAACCAGUUAUUGUAUGCCAAUAGCUUGUUGAAAGUGUCUCCAUAAGGAGUUACAAUUAGCCAGACCUCUAGACUCAAACUUGCCUGAUGCUGGCCGCAGUCAAAGUGUUCAUAUAGGCCAGGCUUGUUUGACUAUUACUUGGCAACCCAGUGUGAAUUCUAGUUCUUUGAAGUUCUAAGUGUUUAAGAGUUUAAGAUUCUCUUUCAGUAUUUUAAGACCACUGCUGUUUAUGGAUGGAGUGUUUCAGAAAGUAUUCUAUAUCAGUGUGUAUAUAUAUAUACCAGUAAUGCUUACGUGCGUUAUACACAAUACUAAACUAUCUUGCAAAAAGUUAUCCAACAAAAUCAGAAAUGUAGGAAAAUGAAUACUAAUGUUCACCUUUUAAUUCAGAUUGUGGAUUUGAUUUCUGAUAACAAAAUAUAUUAUCUAAAAAAAAACUUGAAGGGUUUAGAAGACAGUGAUAGUCAAGUCUUUUGUAUAAAGGGAUUUUAUGAGCAUACAUUAUAAAGGGAAUUAUUCAAUGGGAAUUCAGUCAUACGGUUUGUUGGGAAGAUUGAGCAAGUAAACAAAACAAUGUUCUUUACUUAUUGGACUUGUAAGUGCGUUCUUUUAUUUAUUAUUUAUUUAUUUAUUUAUUUAUUUCAAUCAAACACAAACAAAUACUUGAGAUCCAUUAGUGUUCCUACAGAGCUGGGUGCUCUUGAAAUGUUCAUGGAAAUUGUAUUUGGCAUGACUUCUUGAGGUCAAAGGGCAAAGUGCUCAUGAAUGAGAAUGUUUUUGAUUGUUGACACACUCAAUGUACAUGGAUGACUGCCAGGCACAGUGGGCCUACAAUGGGCAAGUUGCCUAGAAGUAUCACUGGUGUGAAUAAAAAGGGCCUAGUGUAAUAGGAGGAUUUAAAGUUUAAAACCGAGUAAAAGUAACAGUAAGUGGUGUGCAAUAUUAGUUGUUAUCAUAUUUAUUUUCUACAGUUAUAUUUUACGUUCAUAGGUUUAUUUCACUGUUUCAGUAUUUUUGAAUAUUGUUAAGGCCUGGGCGCAUAAAAACCAGUACUGUUGGUUUGGUUUGUGUUGAACUGAUGACGAUUUUGUUUGUAAGACAUUAAUUACUCUACGUACUGAUGAGAACUAUUACAUGGGUUGUAUUCAAACUGAGAUGCACACACAAAAAGUGUGAAAAAAGGUAUGGAGGUUUGUUAUCACUGUGGUAAGGAUCUGAAAAUAGUGUUGCCCAACAUUGCUAUCCGAGUUUAGACAACGGGGACAAAACACUCCUUUGUAGAAAACUACUCAAGCAACUUUUCAUUUUAAGAUACUUUAAAACCUAAACACGUUUUUGGACAAUGGUACGUGAAAUCUAUUCAAGUGUUGCUUCGUAACUAUUGGGACAAGUUGUAGGGUAUGAUACUUUUUACCCCAAAACAAACGAUUGUACAUCUACCCUUCAUAUUUUAGGGAGAGGCCUUAAGAAGUUUGAAAACACUUAAAACAAUUAUAAUGUGUAUGAGUUCACGAGGAGUAAUUGAGAUUUAACCAUCAGUGCUAUAUACUACCUCGCCAACUUGUGUAUGGUGAAACUCAGACAGGUUGUGUCGGUUUCUUUCCAGGUCAAUUUUGUUUCUCAAGAAAAAUUUACAGGUCUAAUUUUUCUGUGUGUAAGGGAAUCUGUCGUCGUCGUUUGUCCAUGUAUGUAUCACAGCACUGUACUAAUAACCAUCAGAGCUAGGUUUGACUUUUACUCUUUUGUUCAUCUUAAAAUCAUCUGCUUGCAAAUCUCUCAUGGUAGGAAUUCUUUACAACUGAACUGAAAUAUCAUGUUUGUGUUUUUUCUAUCGAUGAACUUGUAUGUGAUAUGUGCAAUUCAGGUGCAAUUGGUUGCCUUGUUUGUUUGGUGAUUUUGUUUUCCUUUUCUGUAGACAUGUUUUAGUGUACUGCAUGUGAGACUGGUGGCUUGUUCAUAGAAUAGGUUACACUACGUGCUGCAUCGCUGUUGCAAUCAGACCUGGAAGAUAGAUAUUUAUGCCACAGUUUAGUUGUAAUCAAAAUGAUAAGUUGUUAUUUGAAUGUAUUUAUGAAGGAUUUCAGUACGGAGUAGGAUAGCAGUGAUUUUGAUGGUCCAGAUAUGAGCUGUCAACCAACCUGUCAUCUAUAGUGUGUUUAACCCUAUUCCUUGCAAAUACAUAUCCCUUGCGAUAAUUAAGGAUUUGUAAGGAUAGAGGGUUAUGGUCCCAAAAUAGCUAUAUUAGUUAUCACACAAGGGUGAGUGGUGGAAUAUAGAAAAAUAUUGCACUUUUGCGUCACAAGGAGGCGGACCCCUGAGUUGGAUAUGGGCGAACGUGGCAGCUUAUGACUGCAAGAUGUGUAACCUGUGAUGACCUUGCAUGGCUUGUUCUGCGCACAAACUAAUGUGUAUGCGCACAUUACCCGCGUGUAAUAUUAGCAUGAUCGCUCUGGGAUUUAUGGUUUCUUGCAUUUAUAGUAAUGUCUAUCCAUUGAAAUCAUUGGGCCUCUAAGCUCAAUGCCUGUCUUUAUCAUUGCAGAUAAAGAGGGUACCAGUUUAAGCGUUUUGUUGUAUUUUGUUGUUUUGUUCUGUUUGUAAGGCGGUGAGCAACGGUCCUUGCGCUAAUGGUCAUAUCAUGGAGCAUUGGUCCUUGCGCUAUGGCCACAUCAUGGAGCUCCAUGGUCAUAUGUUCCUCUUGUCUGCUGCUUAUUUGUGGUAUACUUGCCAAACACUCCAAUGCAAGUGAUUUACAAUGGAAUUAUGUCACACUUAAAAACAGCAUAUAGCCAACCCACCAUGUGUAACAAAGUAUUAAACUCAUAAUCAUCCGGUGUGGUUGUUCAGUAAAGCUGUGUGAGUUCCAUGGCUGAUGAGGGGCUGGCAGAGCUCCGCUGGUUUUUAAGUCGAGCUACUGUCGUUAAAAGAUUUUGAUAAAAGGACUGAUAGUUAUCAAGGGUACACGUUAUUUAAAGUAUUUUUUGCAAUUCUACUUUAAUACGUUACUAACAUUACUUUUUUCUGUGUUCUUUAUCUAUAGAUGAUCCUUUAAAUGAAUUUUGCCCGUAAUGGUUAUGUAAAUAAAAGUGGCUGGCCGGUUCGAUGUUACUUUGUUCAUAAAGUAUCCCAGACUGGUAUUCAGUGUUAAUAAUCGGCCUAUGCAGCCAUGUUUUUUUGGUACACCUAGAAAGAUUGGAGGGGAAAUACCUCUCCCUGUACAGUUGAUUUAGAAUUUCUCUUUAAUUCCAUUAUUUAAUUCAUAAUGUACAUGGAAAAAAAAAAUGAAAAGAAAAAAAAACAAAACAAAAAAAAGUGUGUUGCAAAAUAUUUAUUGGCCACUUUUUGACAUAUACUGAGUGUUGUAAAUUGUAUAUUAACUAAGGAACUUAGCACAUUUUUUCAAAGCAAAUAGACCUGUAACCAUGGUAACGGUCAUGAAGUAUGUGAUAAUUGGUGGUGGGUAUUUUGAAGUUGUUUAUCUCCAUAUUUGAAGUGUAACCGUGGCUUGGUUAAUUCAGUGCGGAUUGCUAUAACGAUAACAAAAACUUUAAAAAAUGAAUGUGUAUAUCAUGGACUAGUUCAACCUUUUUUUAAAUGCCUCAUAAAGAAUUAGGUAAUUGCUCUUACAUCAAUGAUGCAAAACGUUUGUUGUCCUAUCUGCCCUCCUCUAAACUUAAACAUUAUUUUCCCUGUUUAAUUUGUUUGUUUGUUAUAUUUUUUCACUAAGUAAUAAGUUAUCUCCAUUUAAACAACAUCUAAACGGUAAGAAACUAAAAUGAACUCCGAAAAAUAGAAUUAAACUGUUCAGGCUCAAAAGUUUAGAUAAUCCUUGAUGUCCCCAC